AUGUGGUCAGUAGACGAAGCUGCAGGUCAGUCUGAGAAGAAAGGCUCUUCAACUUUAGAGAACUUUGUUACCGCAGCGUUAAACUGUGAUCUUACAGCACUGCUGCCCCCAUCAGAUACACGGCUCUCCUCACCCUUCACCCUCCGUCUGAGUCACACGCUGCCGCUGAGGCUGAGAGGCUUCACUGACACGAGUAACGAGGCUUUUACUCCAUACAGAGAAAUAAACCCGCUUUCAGAAGGGGGGCCAAAGGCUGGGAACUACAGCGCGACGGCACGGCUUUGCGCACGGACCCGUUUCGGCGUAGCGCAGGCGGAGUGUCACGCGUGUGUGGAGAACUUCAGAGAAAAAACAGAGUCAGAGGCGAGGCGGUUCACUCCUCAGGCGAGGCGGUUCACUCCUCAGGUGAGAUGGUUCACUCCUCAGGCGAGGCUGUUCACUCCUCAGGCGAGGCGGUUCACUCCUCAGGCGAGAUGGUUCACUCCUCAGGCGAGGCGGUUCACUCCUCAGGUGAGAUGGUUCACUCCUCAGGCGAGGCUGUUCACUCCUCAGGCGAGGCGGUUCACUCCUCAGGCGAGAUGGUUCACUCCUCAGGCGAGGCUGUUCACUCCUCAGGUGAGAUGGUUCACUCCUCAGGCGAGGCUGUUCACUCCUCAGGCGAGGCGGUUCACUCCUCAGGCGAGAUGGUUCACUCCUCAGGCGAGGCUGUUCACUCCUCAGGUGAGAUGGUUCACUCCUCAGGCGAGGCUGUUCACUCCUCAGGUGAGAUGGUUCGCUCCUCAGGCGAGGCGGUUCGCUCCUCAGGCGAGGCGGUUCGCUCCUCAGGCGAGGCGGUUCGCUCCUCAGGCGAGAUGGUUCGCGCCUGAGGCGAGGCGGUUCGCUCCUCAGGCGAGAUGGUUCACUCCUCAGGCGAGGCGGUUCACUCCUCAGGUGAGAUGGUUCACUCCUCAGGCGAGGCUGUUCACUCCUCAGGCGAGGCGGUUCACUCCUCAGGCGAGAUGGUUCACUCCUCAGGCGAGGCGGUUCACUCCUCAGGUGAGAUGGUUCACUCCUCAGGCGAGGCUGUUCACUCCUCAGGCGAGGCGGUUCACUCCUCAGGCGAGAUGGUUCACUCCUCAGGCGAGGCUGUUCACUCCUCAGGUGAGAUGGUUCACUCCUCAGGCGAGGCUGUUCACUCCUCAGGCGAGGCGGUUCACUCCUCAGGCGAGAUGGUUCACUCCUCAGGCGAGGCUGUUCACUCCUCAGGUGAGAUGGUUCACUCCUCAGGCGAGGCUGUUCACUCCUCAGGCGAGGCGGUUCGCUCCUCAGGCGAGGCGGUUCGCUCCUCAGGCGAGAUGGUUCGCGCCUGAGGCGAGGCGGUUCGCUCCUCAGGCGAGAUGGUUCACUCCUCAGGCAUCUGUUAAAAGGUCCAGUUGAGAGAACGGGGAGCCGGUUUAGUCU